UGCCGCUGCUCAGUUGCUCGGCGAAAUCGAAGGGGAUCGCAGUGCAUUGCCUCAGGCGGCGAAUUCAAAGUUGGCCAACAACAACAACAACAAGACGAUGACAACAGAAACAGCGACAACAACAACAACAACAACAGCGAGAACGGCCCAAGAAGUGGAGGCCAUGUUAAGCGAGCUCUCCAGCUGGUUCGAAAACGAGCCCAACUUGCCCGACAAAAUCGAGCCGAUCGUACUGCUACGCUUUCUCAAGUGCAUGCACUAUGAAGUGGAAAAGACGAAGACCCUAAUCCAGCUCAACUAUAGUCUGCGCAAUAAGAAUUCGAAUAUAUUUCUGGAUCGCAACAUGGAGCACGAGUCAACGGCCAAGGGCCUGAAAGUAUCGGAUUUACUCAUUCUGCCAGGCGUCACACCGGAACGGCAUAAGCUGCUCCUAUUCCGCAUGGCUGACCUCGAUCCCAGCACGCGCAACUCCGUGGAGGAGAGCAAAAUCUUCUUCAUGAUGGCCGAUGCACGCUUCACCGAACCAGAUGUCGAAAGGCCGGCAACAGAUUCUGUACAGGGCCAGGCCAUUGGCAUUGCUGACGAGGAUAUUGCCGAUGGAGAUGUCCAGAUCGUUGACAUCAAUGGCUAUACGAUGAGGCACUUGGCCUAUGUUUCGAUCUUUGUGCUGCGAGUCUACAUGAGGUUUCUACAGGAGGCAUAUCCGUCGCGUCUGCGCGCCAUACACAUAAUUAACUGUCCAUCGUUUCUGGAUCGAAUGAUGGCCAUGAUGAAGCCUUUUAUUAGGGAGGAGGUCUACCAAAUGAUCAAUUAUCAUACCGAGGGCAUGGAUAGCCUCUAUGAGCUGGUGCCCAGGGAUAUGCUGCCCGUGGAAUACGGCGGUAAAGCUGGCACAAUUGCCGAAAUCAAACAGCACUGGUUGCAAAUCUUGAAGGAUAAAACCGCAUAUCUGAGCGAUGAUAAAUAUUGGAAGGUGACAUCGGGCAGCAAGAGUCGCUGGUCCUGGUUCUAAUAUAGAGCUCCAUACAAAUUUUGUACCAACUUAUUGCCGCAAAUGUGAUUAUAAUGUUAAGAGGGCCCCCCCAAAAAAAAAAAACGUAGCUUAUUUGAAUUGACGCAUAAGCACUGAAUUCUACAUUGAAAUAUCUGUGACAAAGUGAG